GCUGUUUGUCCAAACAGUCCUUGCUGAAAUGUCAAUACACUACCAGGACACUGGCUCAUAGGGUUCAUCAUGAUUUCCAGGCAGUGUGUGGCUUUGUUUCUCUGCUUUCUGCUGCUGAUCCCUCUUUCUCUGGAUGCAGUCUUUCUAAAGCAGGAAGAGGCAAGCAGCAUUUUGCAAAGGCAAAGACGAGCCAACAGCUUCUUUGAAGAGAUAAAACUGGGGUCACUAGAGAGAGAAUGCAUGGAAGAAAAGUGUUCCUAUGAGGAAGCAAGAGAGAUUUACCGGGAUGAUGCAAGGACAAAUGAGUUCUGGCACAUCUAUUCCGACCCUAACCAGUGUGACUCCAACCCCUGUCAGAAUGGCGGGAUUUGUGAUGACCAGUUUCAGGAUUACGUUUGUCGCUGUCCUGUUGAAUACGAGGGCAAGAGCUGUGAAAAAGCUGUGGCUGACAAACUCAAGUGCAUUUUUGACAAUGGUGGCUGUGAACAGUUCUGUGCUGAUGAGCAGUCCGGAAAACGAGUGUGCUUCUGUGCAGAUGAUUACACUUUAGCGAGUGACAGCGUGUCCUGCAUCCCCCAAGUGAAAUACCCAUGUGGAAAAAUACCAGUGCUGGCAAAAAAAAAUUCAACUGCACAAGGGAGAAUAGUAGGUGGUUUAGUCUGUCCUCCAGGUGAAUGUCCAUGGCAAGCCCUUAUAUUGCAUGAUAAUAAAGAAAAGUGUGGCGGUACCCUGCUUUCCCCGGAAUGGGUGGUCACUGCAGCUCACUGUUUGGACUAUAUCCACCUUAACCAGCUUCGUGUGAGGUUGGGUGAACACAAAAUAAAUGAAGAUGAGAAAACUGAGCAAGAAAGUGGAGUUUCCAGGAUGAUCAUUCAUGAAGGAUACACGACUGGACAAGUCAAUAACGAUAUUGCCCUUUUGAGUCUGGAAACACCGAUGAAUCUCACUGACUAUGUGGUGCCAAUAUGUUUGCCUGAGAAACGGUUUGCUGUGUAUGAAUUGUCCUCUAUCAAGUUCUCCACAGUAAGUGGAUGGGGACGUCUAUUAGAUGGAGGUGCCACCUCUUCUGUUCUGAUGAGAGUUGAUUUGCCACGCGUAAAGACACAGGAAUGUGAAAAGGAGACCAAUUUAAAUAUCACAGAGAACAUGUUCUGUGCAGGAGACCUGUCUGGAGCUAAGGACGCCUGCAAGGGAGACAGUGGUGGUCCUCAUGCUACAAAAUACAAGAACACUUGGUUUCUGACUGGGAUUGUCAGCUGGGGAAAGGGCUGUGCUGUUGAAGGCAACUAUGGGGUUUACACAAGGGUGUCCAAAUACAUCAACUGGUUGAAGAAGCACAUGGACUAAAGAUGUUGAGCCAGAGCAUUUCCAGAGUGUGCUAUUGUCCCCCAAUCACUCUGUGCCAUUUUCCUGUGGAAGCAUUCCUUCAUUAUCUUAGAUAUGUGGUACCCCUGAUACCCACACCACUAUUAAUGAUUCGAAGCAAGCCCAAUGCCUACUUGAAUACACAAAAUACAUUCCUUAUCGAUAUUGUUAGUAAACUUGUAUCUUAUCAAGCAGGCACAGAAGAACCGUAACAAAUCAAACUCAAAGUCCCUCUCGUUUUGCAUCCAUUUCUGCUGAAGGACACAGCUAGACGCUGAGAGAAAGACUGUCAGCUAUACAUCAUAAUCCUUCCUCCAGCUAUCCUCUCAGCUUCUGGUAAUCAGUGAAGUACAGACUUCCUGAGUCAGAAGUUGCAUUAGACUGAACAGUCAUGAAUGAACCUGCUGUCUGUAAUUGUAUGCAAUCUCCUUUGAACACAUUCAUGUGUCUGGCUUUCACAACUUCCUAUGAUACGGAUCCUGUAAUAUAAUUAUGAAAUAGCAGAAAAAGUAGAAAAAAUGUUUCUUUUAGAUUGUGUUAAAGUAGCUUUCUCCAACAGUUGCAGUGGCAACGAGCUUUGAGGGAUAGGAACCUUAGACAUUCUCCAGAACAAGAAAGCUGGAAAAAGGUUGAUUCCACAUUUACAGGUUUGCUAUGAAAAGUUUAUUUCAGUCUUCUUGCAUCAAGUAUUAUUGCUGUAGGGCUAUAAAAUGCAAUAUUUAACCCUAUAUUUAUGGGUGGUGAAGAAUACCAUUGAUUUAAUCUUAUCUUUGCCUUGCUCUUGUUGAUAAAUAGAGCACAAAUGAAAGGGAACAUUUGUUUUGUUUGUCGUCCAGUAUAAUCUAAACUGUAUUCUCUAUACUGAGAUCUAAAGUCAGAAUAAAAUAAUUGUCUGACCAUAUGAAAAACGCUGACCAAAUACCAUUCACUAAAAUCUUAAGGCAUAAAUGGUAGAACUUGAAACACUCUGAAAACACUAUCAAUUAUAAAAUUUGAAAAUAUACCUUCUAAUCUAAGCAUGAAAACCAUGAAAAGGUAAGGGAGAUAAAAAUUAUUAGGAGAUUAGAAAACGGUUUAGCAAUCUUAUGCAAAACUUAUACCCAAGAUCAUUUAAAUAAUGUGGAAUAUCAACUCAAUCACAAAACCUUAUCAGAGAGUAGGACAAUUACAGUUGAUAUUACUCUAUUAUUAGGGAAAAACAUUGAUAUCAUCUGGCACAUAAACCAUGCAAUACUAAACAUCCUAUAACCUGUUUUACUGACACAGAAGAAUGGUAUACUGUUCAUUUAAAUAGUGAACUGAACUGGGAAAAGCAGCAAAUUUCAGAGAGCUGAGAAACAAGAGCUCUUACAGUAUGCAAACAUAUCCUUACUCCGAAAAGAAGUCCCAUCCCAGGGAGGAAAGUGACUAGGAGUAGUGGCCAGUAA